GCCGAGGGUGGAUGCGCCCCGGCCAUGGUCCCCGCGCUGCUGCCGCUCCUGCUGCUGCAGCCGCUGCUGCCCGCCGGGGCUGGCGGCCGCUGCCCGCCCCGCUGCGCCUGCACCCAGCGCGCCCUGCGCUGCCCACCGCCGAGGCAGGGGGCGCCCCCCGCGCCGGCCCGCGCAUCAUUUACUCAUCUCCCCAUAAAAGUAAUCCCAUCACACGCAUUUGAAGGACUUAGAGAUGCCUUCAUCAUUGAAAUCUCUCAGAGUGACUCCCUGGAGAGAAUAGAAGCGAGUGCAUUUGACAGCCUUCCCACUUUGUCUGAAAUAUUAAUCCUGAACAUGAAAAAUCUGUUGCACAUCGAGGAUGGCGCAUUCAGAAACCUUCCAAGGCUAAAAUACUUGAGCAUCUGUAACACUGGAAUAAGACAAUUUCCAGACCUGACGCAGAUCUUCUCAUUAGAAGCUUACUUUAUUUUGGAGCUCUGUGAUAACUUGCGUAUGACAACCAUCCCGCAGAAUGCUUUCCGGGGGAUGAACAAUGAAUCACUGACACUCAAAUUGUAUAAAAACGGAUUUGAAGAUAUCCACAGCCACGCCUUCAAUGGGACAAAGCUGAAUCAAUUAAUCCUGAGGGACAAUAAGAAUCUCAGGCGGAUACACAACAAUGCCCUGAGAGGGGCCACAGGGCCAGAUGUCCUGGAUAUUUCUUCAACAGCCCUAGAGUCCCUGCCUAGCUACGGGCUUGAGGCCAUUCAAGUCCUAAAUGCAACGUCAUCAUACUCAUUAAAGAGACUGCCACCACUGGAUAAAUUCAGCAGCCUUGUGGAAGCUGUUCUAACGUAUCCCAGCCACUGCUGUGCUUUUCAAAAUCUAAGGACAGAAAAACAAAAUUCCUUGCUUUCCAUUUUCGACAAGUUCUCCAAAGAGUGUGAAAGCACCAUGAGGAAACCAACUAAUGAAAUGUUUUAUAGAGACGGCUCUUACAACACAUCACUGUGGUCAGCAGAAAAAAGCAUGUACCCAUUCGCAACAGAUGAAGAAACCUCUCCUUACAGUUACUCGGCCAUUUUCAAUGACGGCGAAAUGACAGGCGGCUUCGACUUUGAGUAUGACUUUUGUCAGCCUAAAAUACUCACAUGCACUCCAGAACCAGAUGCAUUUAAUCCCUGUGAAGACAUCCUGGGAUACAGCUUUCUCCGAGUCCUGAUCUGGUUCAUAAACAUCCUUGCCAUUGCUGGCAAUUUCACUGUGCUCCUCGUUCUCAUCACCAGCCAUUACAAGCUCACCGUUCCUCGCUUCCUCAUGUGCAACCUCUCCUUUGCAGAUUUUUGCAUGGGGCUGUAUCUGCUGCUCAUUGCCUCUGUUGAUGCCCAGACCAGCGGUCAGUACUACAACCACGCCAUAGACUGGCAAACGGGCAGUGGCUGCAGCGCUGCCGGCUUUUUCACCGUGUUUGCAAGCGAGCUCUCGGUGUACACGCUGACUGUAAUCACUGUAGAGAGGUGGCACACCAUCACCUACGCCAUGCAGCUGGACAGAAAGCUACGGCUGAGGCAUGCUGUGCCCAUCAUGCUCGGAGGCUGGAUAUUCUCUAUUUUAAUAGCAGUGCUGCCCCUCUUAGGGAUCAGCAGUUACAUGAAGGUCAGCAUUUGUUUACCCAUGGAUAUUGAAACGGGUCUUUCCCAAGCUUAUAUACUGCUGAUCUUAGUGCUAAAUGUUGUUGCCUUCAUUGUCAUUUGUGCUUGCUACAUUAAGAUUUACAUAGCUGUUCAGAAUCCAGAGCUGGUAGCUGCCAAUAAAGAUACCAAGGUCGCUAAGAGAAUGGCAAUACUGAUCUUCACAGAUUUUACCUGCAUGGCCCCCAUCUCCUUUUUUGCCAUAUCUGCUGCCUUCAAGGUACCUCUCAUCACAGUGACAAACUCCAAGAUCUUGCUGGUUCUAUUUUACCCCGUCAACUCCUGUGCAAACCCAUUUCUCUACGCAAUUUUCACCAAAGCAUUUCGAAGGGAUUUCUUUCUACUGAUGAGCAAGCUUGGUUGCUGCAAGAGCAGAGCAGAGCUUUACAGGAUGAAUUAUUUCUCUGCUUAUACCUCCAACUGCAAGAACGGCAGCUCAGCCACAGCCCCCAGCAAAGUCUCACAAGCACUGCUGCUCUUGUCAGCGUUAGAGAAGCCAUAUCCUGCAGCAGGGGAGAAGAUGUCUUACAACAAAAAUUAAACCGGAGCCAGUAGAUGCAGCACUUUGCAAGGCCAGUUGUAAUUAUUCUAGUGACUACAGAUUAUUUUGUAAUAGCUUGAACACUUCACAAUAAAUAAAAAUGCUGAUCGAGAA